ACUAUCGUUUAUGAAAGAUGGCAGCCGUACAGCCGCCACCCCUCCGGAGCCUGGAGGAUUUUCUCCUGAGCUCGGCCCGGUUCGCGGUGCCCGACGUGCGCGAUCUGGACCGCUGGAACAACCGCAUCAUCAACAACCUGCUCUACUACCAGAGCAAUUAUCUCCUGUCCGCUGUGGGUAUCCUGCUCAUAGUGGGGUAUUUCCAGCCCUUCCAGUUGUGUCUCGGGGCGAUGGUGGUCACCGUGUUAUUCCUGGGCUUUGUUUGGGUUGCAGAGAACCAAGCUCCCGUUCGUCGCUUCCGCAGAAACCACCCAUCAAUCUCUGUGUUUGCCAUACUGUCUGCAAGUUACCUCUUCAUAUCAGUGCUGGGAAGUGUGGCUGUGUUCCUAUUUGGGAUAGCCUUCCCUGUACUGCUGGUUCUGGUCCAUGCAUCGGUAAGGCUGCGCAGCCUGAAGAACAAGCUGGAGAACAAACUGGAGAGCAUUGGUCUGAAGAGGACACCCAUGGGACUCCUGUUAGAGGCCCUGGGACAGGAACAGGAGGCUGGAUCCUAGAGAGAAAGAGGAGAUGUGCAGGGGUGGGGGAUAAUUUGGGUACCAUCUGAGGUAAAUGACAAGAGAAAUGGAGGUGAAGUGGGUGUGAAAUGGUGGGGAGAAGGAGGGAAUUGCUGCAGGGAUAAAGGAAGAGUCAGGAACAAAACGGCAGGUUUGGUUUGUUAAAAUGAAUUAAUUGGAAGUCUACAAUGAAGGAAGAGACCUCGUCUGUGGUCCAGUGGUGAUAGAACAGAUGUAAAGCAUUGAAAUCAUCAUAACAAACAAAUGAAGGAAUCAUCCCUGUUCUGAUUUUGCACUUUAAGCACACAUUGUUUUCUUUGGACAUGAUGCAUUUCUGUGUUCACACUACACACUGUCAGUGUGCAGUAGCCAUGUGGCCGUAUUUGCUUGAGCCAUGAUAUGGUAGAUUUAUUGUGUAUCUACACAUUGGCUUGUACUCUUUUUGUGUCUUGGUGAUGCGUACUGACGCACUGUUAUCUAAACAUUGAUCUGCGCUCCAUCUCAACGCCUGUGGAGCUUUGGUGUUAAUAACAUUCUAAUUAUGCAAAAAAAAAGGUCAAAAGAUUUUGAAAAUAGUUGUAAUUUUGCCAAUAAUUACAGCAUUAUUUUGUAAUGUUUUUACUUUUUAUGUUAAAAUGCAAUUUAAUUCUUGAACUAUUAUUAGCCUACCUUUUUUUCUGAAAAUUACAACUCUACUUUAAAAGCAUUGUAUUGUGGAAGUUUGACUUUAUUCUCACAAUACAACUAGUUUUUCCCAUCAAAAUUACAACUUUAUUUUCGUAACAUUACGGCACUUUUCUCAAAGGAAUUUGACAAGACCCUCAGAGGGCCUCCAUACACUCCAUAUGCACAACAGGAAAUCCCCAGUAUUGAUACUGUACCAUGGAUGUGGUAGUUGUUGUAGUAGUAAUAAGCUUUUUCAUUCUCUCAUUAUAACAGGCGUAAACAGAAACACAACAUGUGGAACCACCAACCCAAUCACCAGAAAAAAUGUUGGCAUUGUACUGUCUGCAAACCACUUUCUGAAUACGUUACAUUUGCAUGUUAUUGUGUCGCGGAUACGUUGAAAUUUUUCAUUUGAACAAUGCUGGGGUUUAUAUGUGGUUAGGUUUAGGCACAAAAAACACUUAUGGUUAGGAAGACAUCAUGUCUUGGCUUAAAAUACCGACCUUUUCCUGCUGUAAAAGCUGCAAUGUCUCUAAAAAAAAAAAAAAAAAAAAACGUUUUUCACACUACUAUACCUGAUGGAAAAUCAGCAACGAUUUGCUAAAAAAAAAAAAAAAACAUAUGACAGGCAAUCCACCAUACCCUCCACCUCCCAAUGACAUAAACAACUCAUGUACUACGUCACUUUAGAAAUGCUGUGAAACGUCUAAAUUUAAAGGAUAAUUUCGGUAUUUUUCAACCUGGGCCCUAUUUCCCCAUGUGUAUGUGUGCGUAUGAUUCAUAGGUACAACUUGUUUUAAAAUUGGUUCAGUAUUGAGGGAGGCGGAUGCAGCCGGGAGCCGCGAAACAAGCUAAAACGGUAACGGGGGCAAAUGCGUCCCGUGUAAGUUUGCGCAUUAAAGGUGCUUUUUUUCGCCACUGACUGGUUCAGAUCGCCAGUGCUAUCUCUGUAAAUAGCAUACUAAGCGUUUCCCUUACCUCUGGGCUGUGUGACAUCAUCUCGCGAGAGCUUUGCUCCACUGUGUCUGUAGCUCUCUCUACUCGUGGGACAGCCGUUUUCUUGAGGAAGAGGUGUUUCGGGAUUGGAUGUCUUCUCUUCUUCGGCUGGCAGUAGUCAUCUUGGGAGAAGUGAGCACUGCAGACCCGAUGGUCUGCAAGGCGCAGUGUCUGGACAGGAGUGUUAGCAUCCAUUUGUAGCACAACUAGCCACAACUUCAGCAUCUCGCCGUCCGACAAAGGCAGCCUAUGAAAGCUGUACGGGCUGUUGCGCGACAUCCUGUUCUUGCAGUCCGGAUAAGCACAAACACGAACCAUUGUUUUCAAUCGAUGCAGUAAAACUCUCAACUGUACUCCGGGACAACCAGUGCCACUCUGAGCGGCGCUCAGCAUGGCUCCUCUGUUUUCUUCCCGCAACAAGCAAAGCUCUCACAAGAUGACGUCACUCACGUCAAUUUUAGAACAAGUUGUACCUAUGAAUCAUACGUACACAUACACAUGGGGAAAUAGAGCCCAGGUUGAAAAAUACCGAAGUUAUGCUUUAACAGGCUUGCAGAAACAUACAAUGCCAACAUUUUCUAAUGAAGACUGGGCUGGAAACCACAGUGUGACAUGCAAGUAAAUAUGUCUAUACUGUAAAUACAGAGAAAAAAAACAAAGUACCCACCAAAGUGUCUAACAGGUCUAUUAUGGCUACAGACCACUGCGCUUAUAUGUGUUCUAGCUACUUCCCUCCAACGUUUUCAUUCAGAAAGAAUCAUUUUAAUGGGAUUUUGCCACUAAAAUCAUGCAAUAUAAUUUGAAAUAAGUAACUCACCCCACUGGAAGACUUUUCAUUUGAUUAAAGAAAGAUCUAUCUGUAAACUGCAGUGAUCCAAUGACUAGAUAAGACGUAAUUAGCAGAGCAGCUGGAUGUGAUACAGUACGUACACACAUACAAAUAACCUGACCUGCAUUAACUGACUUCAAAUGAAUUCCUUUUUUAUUUAGUGUGUACAUUAUUUUGUGUUGCAUUAAAGAGUAACUUAAAUGCUUAAAUGAAGUAAAGUAAGAAGGAAAUGGAAGAUCUUAAAUGAAGAACAAAUCGAAUCAUCUGCUUCCAUCUAAGACUCUUUGUUGAGUAUUACAGAGUUGAUACAGGACCAACAGGAGCAGCUAUAUGAAGCUUUAAAUGCAUCCUUUCAGUUCCCACAUUUCUAAGCCUGUAGUUAUCCAGAAUAAAAAGCUUCACCCACAGAGUCGCCCAUCACAGCCGUGCACUAAUGGUCUUCCAGUGCUGGCAACUGGGAGAAGCUCUAAGGGAGCAAAUGAAUAACUUUACCCUUAAUUCUUUUACAACUUCAAUCCUUGUUACCAUGAAUUACCACUAACCGAUACAGUUUGUUGGUCGCCAUACCAACACUUGUGGUUACUGAAGUUUGUAAUUUUGUCUGUUUUUAGCCAUGCUAGCGAUGUGGCUCUGGCAGUGUUGGUCGGUCAGCCCACCACUUUGGUCCAAACUGAAAUAUCUCCACAGAUAUUGAACAGACUUUGGUAAACAUUUAUGGUGCCUGGAGAAAGAAGCCUCCUGAAAUGAGCGAUCAUCUUUCAAUUAGCCAGUUAAAUACUUCUGCAUCCACCAGAUGGAUUGGCAAAAUAUUUCCAGCUCAAUCAUCAGGUCAUUUAUGCUAACAAGCUAAACAGAGAUGGCAGAAAUGCUGAACAUUAGCUGCUUAUGGUCAGCAGUUAGCACUGUCAUUGUGAGCAUGUUAGCAAACGGAUAAUACCAUUCAGCGCAAAGCACCGCUGUGCCUGAAUACAGCCUUACAGCGGUGCAAGCAUGUCUGAAGAUUCUUAGUUUUGUUAUUUAUUAAUUAUUAUUUAUCUGAAAUAAAGAGUGUCUGAAAAGUCUGCAAUCACCACAAACUAAACCAGUAUCAAGGUUGGAUUUAAACCUUUAUCAUCAUUCCAUUAACCCACUUCAGACACCAGUGUUUACAUGAAAAAGAUUGUCUACCAUAUGGUCCAUGGUUGGUCCCCUGCUUUGUUGACAUGAUGUAGGACAGUUGUGUUCUUAUGAGCUAAGGAACAUUUAGAACAGUGGCUCCCAACUGGUCCAGCCCGGGGGUCAUUAGUUCAAGGUCAACAAAGUUUAAUACAUUCAGCGUCAUACUUGUGUUUGGCCAUGUUGUUGAGCUAGAUUGCUGUCUCUGUGAGGUAGCUGUCUGUUAUUUAUUCACUCUACAACAGGAAACAGCUCUUCUAAAUAAAAGCUUGUGCCGCAAAUUCACUGUACUUUAAAAAUAAGUGCGUUUUUUUGCAAACUUUACACAUUUGUGAGUCACUUGCGAUCUAUUUGGAGUGGACCCGCGACCCACUUUUGCACUGCGACCUACCAUUUGGGAACCACUGAUUUAGAAAACACUAUUAUGUAGAAAGGGGUUUUUCAGCAGUUUUAUAGCAAAUCGUUUUGUACAUGAAAAGUUGAGUGAAGGUAUUUGAAAUUGUGCGCUAGAUGCCUGUUGUGGAAACCGUGCAUUGUAUUACUUUACCUUACCCAUAAAGACAUGGGACAGUGUUCUAAACACCUGUAUGUGGUAACCCUCUGCAUCCUGUUUUCCCUUUGUAUUAUUUUCAUUCUUCCUGACCAAUGGCUGCAAGAAGGCUUCCUCCAUUAUAACACGUUUCUGUCCAAAGCAUUUAUGAAGAUGCAGAGAGUGCCAGCUUUUGUUUUUCUGUGUGCAUUUUUUUGUUGUUAAAUCAUAUUGUAGACAGUGAAAAACUCUGUGAGUAUUAGUACUCUGCAGAAACAAAUAACUUAAAUAAGUGGUUUGGUUUUCUUAUCGCGUAUGUGCCAUUAUAGUUUUGAUAUUUGCCUUGUACCAUUUGUGUUUUAGACGUUUAGCUGAAGAAGUUAUCCGGAGCAAAGCAGGGAACAUGGCUGUUACAGGGCUUAAACGUGACCUUUUUGUUACAUGUCUCUCUAGCCGCUGUUGAUGGUUUGUCUUGGCCCUGCAUAAAAAACACAAGUCAGGAGAACCAAUUAAAUCUUAGCACAAAGAAAUGCUUUUGUAACUUUGUAAUUCAAAAAUGAUUCAUUGAAUUACUGUGUUAACCUCUAAAUUCAUUUUGAUGAUUCUGAAUGUUCAUUGUUGCCUUUCAUUCAGCUUAGUGUUUGAAUUAUGACUCACCAACACCAUGUCUUUCACUCUUUUGCCAAAAGCAGAUAAUUACAUUUAUUGAAAACAUUUUUUUUUUUAAAUAAAACAACAAUGCUGUACUGC